AUUGCAAUUGCAACAAAUUCAAGAUCAAGCUAACCACGGUGCUAUUGCGAUAUGUAGACAAUUGUUACAACGUAGGCGAUGAGAUGUACUGCGACAAUACGUUCGAUCGACUCGCUAAAUGUGCCGCAUUUUCUUAACAAACCGUUAAAAAAUCUCUCUCGUCGUUUUCGGGGCUAGGAAGUGAAAUUUUCGUUCACGCGAACUUAUUUUCGGCGAAGUGAAAUUUUCGUAACGCCAGCGUCAUUCUCUUCGUCGAGCUCUUUGACAAUCAUGCUGCGUUACAUCGAAGACGAAUUGAUAGAUCGAAAUUCGAAUCAAAUCACCGAUAAAAAGAGGCCGUUCCCAUACGAAAUCAAAUGCGUCGAUCCGGAAAUCAAUUCGGAACUGCUUACGUGUUUUACCGGGGAGAAAACGGGAUUCGUGCAAGUCGGACCGAAGAAAUGGUUUUUCCCGAGCGGUUAUGCGAAAGAAGCGGAGAAUUUUUAUAACUUCGAACUGCGCCCCGAUGAUGUCUUUAUAAUUACGUUCCCUAGAUCAGGAACCACAUGGACUCAAGAGAUGGUCUGGCUGUUGUGCAACAAUUUAGAUUUUGCCCAUGCUAGCCAGCUCCCCCUUACAGAGAGAGUUCCUUUCUUAGAAUUUAACUGUUUUGUCCACCCGGAUACCAAGGCUCAGUUUUUGAAAGAAAACAAGCACGACCCCGAGAAAAGCAAAUUAGUAAAACAAAUAGACUAUCCAGCGUGGAAAUCAUUAUCUCAUGCUCCUGAUAGGCGAUUCAUUAAGACUCACCUGCCAUUCAGCCUAUUGCCUCCGGAUUUGUUGAAAGUGGGCUGCAAGGUCAUCUAUAUCGCAAGAAACCCGAAAGACGUAGCCGUGUCGUUUUACCACUUAAACAGGUCCAUUAGGACCCAAGGGUACACGGGAGAUUUCCCGAAAUAUUGGGCUUAUUUCCAAAACAAUUUACAGCCAUGGACUCCAUAUUGGGAACACAUAAAGGAGGGCUGGAGCAGGAAACACGAAAAAAAUAUGCUUUUUAUGUUCUACGAAGAUAUGAACAAGGUAAAUCCAAGAAAUGGUCUGGUUCAAGUGGCAAACUUUUUGGAACAGUCUUACACCAAUGACCAGUUAGACAAAUUAGAGGAGCACUUGAGGAUUGACAACUUUCGUCAAAAUAAGUCCGUCAAUUACGAUAUCCUCAAGGAUUUGGGGAUUUUCUUGUCGACCGAGGGUGAUUUCAUCCGAAAGGGCAAGACCGGAGGCUGGAAAGAUUAUUUCGACGAAAAACUGAAUAGGGAGGCAGACGAGUGGAUUGAAAAGAAUUUAAGAGGGACCGGCAUACGAUUUCCAUGUGCCAAAAGCAAUUGAUACUGUUUGAGUUAUUAACUUUACGAUAUUCCGAAAGGUUAUUUGGAAGAAAUAUUAGAGAAGCCUGUAUUUUCUACAUGCAAUUGUAAUGCAAUGCAAACUCUAUACAAAUAAGUAGUUUUAGAAAAAUAAUUUUUCAUAGGGAUCAUUAUAACACUACUCUCAGUAAUUAGGCAAAUUCCUAGUAACGAUUAAUUUUGUUUGUGAAAUUAUUUGAGAUUCAGCAAAAUCGUUCCAAACUUAUAUUUCCUUCUAACCUUAAAUAUACUAUU